AUGUAUGUUAUUCAUUUGGCAGAAGCUGAUGAAAGUAAUGGAAGCAUUUCCUCGGAAGAGGUCCUGGGCCACGUUGAUUAUUCUAAGACGUUCUCUGUGAAACAAGCUGUGCCAAAGAAAAGCAUCAGUCAGAUCAUCAAGGACAAGAAGAAACAGACUCAACUCACUUUACAAUGGCUUGAGGAAAAUUACAUCGUUUGCGAAGGUGUUUGUCUGCCACGGUGCAUCCUCUACGCUCAUUAUUUAGACUUUUGUCGGAAGGAGAAAUUAGAUCCUGCUUGUGCUGCCACUUUUGGGAAGACCAUAAGGCAGAAAUUUCCUCUUCUAACAACACGAAGGCUUGGAACCAGAGGCCAUUCGAAGUAUCAUUAUUAUGGUAUUGGAAUCAAGGAGAGCAGUGCGUAUUAUCACUCUGUGUACUCUGGAAAAGGUUUGACACGAUUCUCUGGAAGCAAGCUAAAAAAUGAGGGGGGAUUCACCAGGAAAUACUCCCUUAGUUCUAAAACAGGAACUCUUUUACCUGAAUUCCCAAGUGCACAGCAUUUAGUGCUUCAGGAUUCUGUUUCAAAAGAUAAGGUCGACACAUUGAUUAUGAUGUACAAAACUCACUGUCAGUGCAUUCUGGACAAUGCCAUUAAUGUCAACUUUGAGGAGAUCCAGAACUUUCUGCUUCACUUCUGGCAGGGAAUGCCUGAACAUCUCCUGCCAUUGCUAGAGAAUCCAGUUAUCGUGGACAUCUUCUGUGUGUGUGACUCUAUACUCUACAAAGUGAUUAUAAAUGUUUUACUGCCACUUUCGAUCAGGGGAAAUAUCUCCAGUCUUUUGGCAGAUAUUCGAAAUUUUGCCAAGCACUGGGAACACUGGAUGGUGUCUUCCUUGGAGAAUCUUCCGGAAAUCCUCUCAGAAAAGAAACUGCUGAUAGCACGACGAUUUGUGUCCUCCUUAAAGAGACAGACCUCAUUUUUACAUCUUGCACAGAUUGCAAGACCUGCACUUUUUGACCAGAAUGUAGUGACUUCUAUGGUGAAUGAUAUUGAUAAGGUGGAUCUGAACAGUAUUGGUUCUCAAGCACUCCUUUCAAUUACAAGUGACCAAGAUUCAGACUUCUACUCUGAAUAUGACUCCAUUUCAGUGUUUCAAGAGUUGAAAGACCUCCUGAGGAAAAAUGCCACAGUGGAGUCUUUCAUUGAAUGGCUGGACUCAGUAGUCGAGCAGAAAGUUAUUAAGGUUUGCUCGUUCCAUCUCAUUCGGAUGCUUUUGGAUGAGUACGUCCUGCUAACCAUUGAAACACAAUUCAACAACGACAAAGAGCAAGACCUUCAGAAUCUACUGGAGAAAUACAUGAGGAGUGCAGAUGCUAGUAAGGCUACAUUCACCGCCUACCCAAGUUCCUGUUUCUUGGCCAAUCGGAAUAAAUCCAGUGUGGCAUCCAGUGAUUCGACUGUCAAGGACGAGAACCCACCAGAGCAUGACUUCCUGUCGCUCACAGCUGCACAGCAGGGGCUCGGGGCCAGUACUGUUGUGUACCAUAGUACCGAUCCGGACAACUUUACUAUAUCUGGUCAAAUAGAUUACUCGCAGAACAGCGCCCCUCUGAUGACCCCUCCGAUCUCUCCUGCCAUGAUCAACCGUAGCAGUGUGAUCAACCAGGGCCCGAUGGCUGUGAGGCCGCAGAGCAGCUGCCCCAUCCAGCCCCAGGUGUCCUGCCAGACCUUCUCCGACACCAUGUACCAGAGUCUGCACAAUACUAGUUCUGGCUCCUACCCCAGCUCCUCUUACUACCAGCCUGUGUUCAGAGCUCAGACUCACACUCCAACAUCAGCCUAUCAGGCUCGUGCUGAAAGCGGCUGCUAUGCACCCUUCUCUGGACACCAGCUGACCAAAGACUGCUUCAGCAGCAGCUGUACCGUGUCUCCCUACAGCUCCAGGGCUGCAGUGACUGGAUACGCAGCCUCAGGUGACCCUGUGAUGGAUACUGAGGGCGUACAGCUGCUGGACUCCACAGGGUACAGCUUUGGAGGAAGUGUUGCCAGUGGAGAUGGAUGUUCAGGUCCAGUUUGCAGCUCUGGGCGCAAUGGAUAUUACAGCAGCAGCGGGUAUGUGGACGCUCAGAGGAUGGGCACGUUUAUCGAUCAGCAUGUAUCAGUUAUCAGCAGCGUGAGCAGCAUUCGCUCUGUCUCGGCCUAUGCUGAAGUGCACGACCCUCUCAACAUCCUAGAUGACACGAGCAGGAAGACAACAAGACCCUACUACACUGACCUGUCUGCAAUGGGCGCACACACAGCAGGAUCCAGCAUCGCUCAUUCCUGCUCCAUCUCGACACCCUGCAUGUAUGGAAGUCCUGCUCCUUAUCACUCCCAGAAUGCACUGCUGCCUCUCCAGGGGACCACAGAGAUCAGAGAAAUGGUGUCAUCUUUGCCCCCCAUUAAUACUGUGUUCAUGGGGUCAACUGGUGGGCCGUCAUGACUGAAACCUUAUCUGUAAUUC